CCACGUCUCAAAGGGGAGAGUCGCAGCCAUGGGACCGGACUACGGGGAAGCGAGGGGGUUAAACCCCCCAGGACUGGACGGCCAAUCGAUCGGCAACAACGAGAGACAUGCACCUGUCGGCAACCCAAACGUGCCAAGCUCGGAGCUGUACCGCCUCCAUUAUACCAGCGACGAGGUCCAGAGGGGCCUCCAAGCGUUCCAUUGUGUGGCCAUUGCCAUCGUCAGAGAAACCGACAAGGCGAUCGUGAACAAAUGCGAGACCGCAAAAGAGAUCCUCGCGGAACUCGACAAAAUCUACGAUCCGGAAUCGCAGGGCUCGAAACAAGCCCUCAUGAAGCAAAUCGGUGGGGGGGGAGCGCCGGGCUGCGGCAACGGCGGCCGCCGCAAGGGUGGCGGCGGCGGCGGCGGCAACCAGAAGGGGAGAGGGGGUGGCGCGAAGGCUGGAGGCGGCAGCGGAGGCGGCGACGACGAUGCGGGUAGCAUGCGCGGUCGCUGUUUCCGGUGCGGUAAGAAGGGCCACCAGGUGGCCAACUGCCCCGAGAGCAAGCCCGUGCGAUGUGAGACAUGCAAGGGCUACGGGCACGACAAGAGAAAGUGCCCGACAGAGGGGGCGGUGCUCGUGGUGGAAGCGCCGGCGGGGGGGGCCUCUGCGAACGCCACAGCACUAGACGUGGCAGAAGAGGCGCUGGUGGUCGGUGGCAUCUCAGGCGAGUGUCACAAAGUCGUUGGUCGAGGGGGUGUAGAGCAGGCUAGGCGGGGUAGGUAUGUUGCCGAUACCGGCGCUACCACCCACAUGUUCGCGAACUCAGAUGGGUUCGUUCGUUAGCAGGAGGGUGAUCGACGUGUGCGCGUCGCCACCGGAGAAACCUUCCCUAUCGUAGGGUAUGGCGACGUGACGGUAACCCUUAGCUCGCGCGACGGUACAACCGACCUGUUGUUGAAACGGGUUGCACACGUCCCCCGACUAGACUACAACCUAGUAUCUCUCACUUCCCUCUUCGACGAUGGGUUCGAAACCAAAACGCUCAA